ACGGCAACACUGUCACUUUUAAUAAAGUCUUUAAAAUUGAACAAGUUGACAUUGUUACUUUUCAUAUAAAAUCAACAGCUCCAUCAACGGAGUUAAGUGUUUUGCGAAAUUCUUUGUUUCGAGUCCAGCUUGACGGAUAACCGCAGAAUGAAUAAACCAGCUUUGUAUCAUAAGGCACAUCAUGAAGUCAAACAAGAUGUUGGCCGAUUAAUUGCAAAAUUUGCCACAAAACUGCAAUGGCGUCCAGAAGGUGGCGAUACUGUCAUAGAUAUUGGCACUGGUCCCGGAGAUGUUACCAUGAAAUAUAUCUAUCCCCUGAUACCUUCCAAUUAUGGCAAAGUAGUCUUCAGUGAUAUUUCGUUGGCAAUGUUGGAUUUCUUUAAAUCUCAUUAUGAAAUUCCGAAUAAAUGUGCAUUGAAAUUGUUGGAUAUUGAAACGCAACAGCCACUGCCCGCUGAUAUGAUGGGUAAAUUUGAUCAUUUAAUAUCGAGUUUGGUAUUGCAUUGGGUGCCAGGUAACAGAACGGCAUUGAAGAACAUGUUUAAUUUGCUACGACCCGAAGGAGGAGAUUGUAUUUUGGUUUUCUUUUCCUACAACAGUGUCUUCCAAGCGAAUCAUAUGCUGAACUGUGACCCUAAAUGGUCGAAAUAUGUCGAAAAUGUUGAUCGUUUUGUAGCCCCCUUGCAAUUUAGACAGAAUCCCACCAACGAAUUACGCGAUAUGAUGAAAGCUGCUGGAUUUUCGAAUAUUAGCAUGGAUGUUAAGCAGGCAACGUAUCAUUAUAAAAAUAUGGAGGAAUUUAGAGAAAGCCUAAUAACGGUCUGUGGCAUUUACGAUUUUAUCCCCGAAUGUCGUCAAUCGGAAUUUUUAGAUGGUUAUGUUGAAGCCUUUGAGAAAGUUGCCAUGGAACGUCGAAAUUUAUCGGGAGAAGAAUCAAAGUGUGUGGUAGUUGCCGAUAUAAUUGUGGCAUAUGGACAAAAAAUGCCCAUUGCAAUUCCAUUUAACUGAAGAUUUUAUACUAAAAAAAUAUUUUUCUGAUUUUUCGAACUUUUUGACUGUUAAUAAAAAAUAUUGUUAUAUUA